AUGGCAGGAGAAGUUGCCAUUCUCUCCUGUAAGGAAGUAAUUUACGAGGACCCAAACUGCCCCUCUACUACUUGGAUCUACUAUAAGGACAGAAACUCAGGGGUAGAGGAGGUCACCAAGGGAAAGGUCCAACAAUCUGCGAGAUCAGAGAGGCUGCGUCUCCUCCCCAACUGUUCCCUUCACAUCAGUGACGUCUCCCCUGAGGAUGCUGGACUCUACACCUGUCCUUUGUUUGAAGGUCAGAGCGUUUCUUGCAUCGUGGACACCUUUGGUGGUUGUACACCUGUGGGCAAGAAGGACGACGUGUGUGAGGAGCAGGAUGUGUGUGUGAGGUGGGUGGAUGAGAGCGGAGCUGAACAGCUGAACUCAGACCAUGUGAGGGUCAACAGACAGUCCAACUGUAAAGUCCAGCUGGCAGUGAAACCCACGGCCCUGAGGCCACCUCUCCCACACACAUGGAGGUGCCAACUCACUGCAAGAGGGAAGAUACAGGCCUCUAUCCCCUAUACAGUUGGCACACCAGUGACCCAGGUGCCUGGAGGAAGGUCCUUUGGCUCUGGAUCUGGUCUGGGUCUUCCAGCUCUGAUUGGCAUUGGGCUGGCAGCUGUUGCUGUGAUACUAGUCAUCAUCAUGGCAAUGUUCCUGCUACGUAAGAAAACCAAGCGAGGCAGUUCUGCUGGGUCAGGAAAUGGAGGACAGAGCCAUGCAGGUAGAACCACAGAUGAAGAGGAGAACCGCACAGGCCCGAGUCCUGGGCCAGAUGAUGUGGUUUACUCCACUGUCAACAAAUCAACAGUGCCUGUGAAGACCAUUAAUGAUAAGAACGUCGGGGAUGUCACAUAUGCUGAUGUUACACAUCUCAAACAGACACAAAAACUACUCCCUUCUAAGGUGUCAGAGGACUCAGUCACCUACGCAGCCGUACACACCCAGAGGGCCUGAGGAGGAGUGUGUGUGUGUGUGUGUG